AUGACUUCUCAUGAAAAAAAACAGAGCCAAUUUCGUUUUGAAACACUUCAACUUCAUGCUGGCCAAACCCCAGAUUCAGCAACUCUGGCCAGAGCAGUCCCAAUUUACGCUACCGCCUCUUUUGUGUUCAAGAAUACAGUCCACGCUGAAAAUGUUUUUAGCAUGGCAGAAGAGGCGUAUGCUUAUAGCAG